UUCUUUUUUUUUCUCUCUCUUUUUUUUUCUUCACGCUUUUAAUUUUUUUUCUUUUUCCUGUAGUUUCGUCUUGCUAUUUAGUCUUAUUCUCGAGAAAGAAAUAAAAAUGGACGCAGCUACACUUCUUGCCAACACUUUAUCUACUGAUCGUGCUUUGCGUGAAGACGCCACACAAAAAUUAGAACUAUUUGCUCAAGAAAACUACUCAAACUACGUCGUUUCUUUGUGCCAAAUCCUUGCUAAUGAGCAAGCAGAUGAUUCUAUUCGUAUGUCUGCUGGUCUUGCACUCAAGAACAGCUUGACAGCAAAGGAAUAUGCUCGUAAAGAGGAAUUUAAUCAAAGAUGGCUUUUAUUAGCUGAAGAUCUUCGUAUUCAGAUCAAGCAAGGAGUUCUUCAAGCUUUGGCUUCACCCAAGAAGCCUGUAGGCAACAUUUCCGGACAGGUCGUUGCUGCUAUUGCUGAAAUUGAAUUACCUUUAGGAGGAUGGCCUGAUUUGAUUCGAAUCAUGCUUGAAAAUGUUCAAACUCCAGAUGCUACUUUGAAGCAAUCCACUUUACAAGCUAUUGGUUAUGUCUGCGAAGCAACUGAUCCUAUGGUACUUGCUGCUCAAUCAAACGAUAUUUUAACUGCUGUUGUUCAAGGUGCUCGUAAAGAAGAACCAAAUCAAGAAGUUCGUCUUGCUGCCAUUAAUGCUUUGAUCAACUCUCUUGAUUUUAUCAAAGAAAACUUUGAACGUGAGGGUGAAAGAAACUUUAUCAUGCAAGUUGUUUGUGAAGCUACUCAGAGUGAAUCCAGUGAUGUUCAAGUUGCUGCUUUUCAAUGCCUUGUUCGUAUCAUGCAAACUUAUUAUGAUAAGAUGCGUCUUUACAUGGAAAAGGCUUUGUUUGGUCUUACUGUUGCUGGUAUGAACAAUGAAGAUGACCGUGUUGCUUUACAAGCUAUUGAGUUCUGGUCUACUGUUUGUGAUGAAGAAAUGGAUUUGAAGGAAGAAUUACUUGAUGCUCAUGAAGCUGGAGAACAGCCUGAACGUGAAAGUUAUCACUUUGCUGAAUUAGCUUUGAACGAUAUUCUCCCUGUUCUUUUAUGGAUCCUCACCAAGCAAGAAGAGGAUUACGAUGAAGAUGAAUGGACUGUCUCAAUGGCUGCUGCUACCUGUCUUUCUUUGCUUGCUCAAUGUGUUGGUAAUGCUGUUAUCCAGCCUGUUGUGCCUUUUAUUGAAGCCAACAUUCAAAAUGAGAACUGGAGACAACGUGAAGCUGCUGUCAUGGCCUUUGGCUCCAUUCUCGAUGGACCUGAUCCUAUUGUGUUGACUCCUUUGGUUGAUCAAGCUUUACCUACUCUUAUUUCCAUGAUGAAGGACUCUGUUGUCCAUGUCAAGGAUACUGUUGCUUGGACCUUAGGUCGUAUUUGUGAAUUGCUCAUCAACUGUAUCAAACCUGAAAUUCACUUGAAUGAAUUGAUUUCUGCUCUUGUUUAUGGCCUUCAAGAUAGUCCUAGAAUCGUUGGCAAUUGUUGUUGGUCAUUGAUGAACUUGGCUGAACAAUUGGGUCCUACCAUUGGUGAUAAUGUCCCUACUUCUCCUCUCUCUGUCUUUUUCGAAGGCAUCAUUACUGCUCUCUUGCAAUUUACUGAGCGCUCUAACAAUGAAGCCAACUGCAGAACUUCUGCUUAUGAAGCCAUUUCUACACUUGCCAUGUGUUCUGCCAAUGACUGUAUUCCUACUGUUCAAAGAAUUGUGUUGACUAUUUUAGACCGCUUAGAGACUACCAUGGCCAUGGAAAGCCAAAUUCUUGAUGCAGAUGACAGAGCCAGUCAUUCUGAACUUCAAUCUAGUUUGUUGGGUGUCUUGACAAACUGUAUCCGUCGUCUUUCCCGUGACAUUAGUCAGAUUGCUGACCGUAUCAUGACAGUUGUCCUUCAAUUAUUGAACAACCAAUCCAAGCAAGCAACCACCACAGAAGAUGCAUUCCUUGCUAUUGGUGCCUUGACCAGUGCACUUGAAGCUGACUUUAGUCGAUAUGCUGAAUCCUUUGUGCCUAUUCUCUGCACUGCUCUACAAAACCCUGCUGAAUACCAAUUGUGUUUCAUUGCUGUUGGUUUGAUUGGUGAUAUUUGCCGUGCUCUUGGUAAAGAUGCUGCCCCUUACUGUAACAACUUGAUGCAAUUGUUGGUUACCAACUUGCAAUCACCUAUCCUUCAUCGUACUGUGAAACCUGCUAUCUUGUCAUGCUUUGGUGAUAUUGCCUUGGCUAUUGGUGAUGCUUUCAGUGGAUACUUGGAAAUUGUGAUGAUGGUGUUACAACAAGCAGGUAGCAUGCGUGCCGAUAGAGAUAAUUAUGAUAUGGUUGAAUAUGUCAACACAUUAUACGAAGGUUGUGUGGAAGCAUAUGUGGGUAUCGUUCAAGGUUUAAAUGGAACUCCUCAAACUGUCUUGUUAUUACCUUAUUUGACUCACGUCUUUGAAUUCAUUCACAUUAUUGCUGUUGAUGUCAACAAGACUGAUUCUCUUACAAGAUCUAUCAUUGGUUUAUUAGGUGAUCUUGCAGAGACAUUCGGUGCACAAAUUAAGGCUCUCUUCCAACAAGAAUGGAUCCCUGUUUUGUUGCGUGAAGCCAGAACAAGUCGUCAUUAUGGAUCAAGCACUAAAGAGACAUCGCGUUGGGCCAAGGAGGUGAGUGAAAUCAAUACUGCUGUAUAAACUGACAUUUCUUUUUAGAUGAUUAAACGUGCAUGUCAGUAAGAAUAAAAGAGAAAAGGACAUCGUUUUCUCAACUUUAUAUAUCUUUUAUUGUUUAAUAAUUCUUUUUUUUUCUUUCUCUUUUGUAUUCAUAACUACACACAUCCAAUCUUUGGCUUGACUUUUUUUUUUUUUUUUUU